AUGGCUCAAAAAUCUCUCAGCGAUGAUGAGAAAUUCCUCUUUGUGGACAAAAACUUCAUUAACAACCCACUUGCCCAGGCUGACUGGUCAGCGAAGAAACUGGUUUGGAUUCCAUCAGAGAAACAUGGAUUUGAAGCAGCAAGUAUCAAGGAAGAGAAAGGGGAUGAGGUGACAGUUGAACUGGCAGAAAAUGGAAAGAAAGUGACACUGAGCAAGGAUGACAUCCAGAAGAUGAACCCUCCAAAGUUCUCCAAAGUGGAGGACAUGGCAGAGCUGACUUGCCUCAAUGAAGCUUCAGUGCUGCACAAUCUAAGGGAGAGAUACUUCUCAGGUUUAAUUUAUACUUAUUCAGGUCUCUUCUGCGUGGUGAUAAAUCCGUACAAACAGCUGCCCAUUUAUUCAGAGAAGAUUAUUGACAUGUACAAGGGAAAGAAGAGGCACGAGAUGCCGCCCCACAUCUAUGCUAUCGCGGACACAGCCUACAGGAGCAUGCUGCAAGAUCGAGAAGACCAGUCUAUCCUGUGCACAGGUGAAUCUGGUGCUGGCAAGACAGAAAAUACCAAAAAGGUCAUUCAGUACCUGGCUGUUGUUGCUUCAUCACAUAAGGGCAAAAAGGACACCAGCAUCACUCAAGGUCCAUCUUUUUCUUACGGUGAGCUGGAAAAACAGCUUCUACAGGCAAACCCUAUUCUUGAAGCUUUUGGAAAUGCCAAAACUGUGAAGAAUGACAACUCCUCCAGAUUCGGCAAAUUCAUCCGCAUCAACUUUGAUGUGACAGGCUACAUUGUCGGAGCAAACAUAGAGACUUAUUUGCUUGAAAAAUCCCGUGCUAUUCGUCAGGCUAAAGAUGAGCGAACGUUUCAUAUCUUUUACUAUUUGAUUGCUGGAGCUUCUGAACAAAUGAGAAAUGAUCUGUUGCUGGAAAGCUUCAACAAUUACACUUUUCUAUCUAAUGGCCACGUGCCUAUUCCUGCUCAACAAGAUGAUGAGAUGUUCCAGGAGACCUUGGAAGCCAUGACAAUUAUGGGUUUUACUGAGGAGGAACAGAUAGCUAUACUGAGGGUUGUUUCAUCUGUCCUACAACUGGGUAAUAUUGUCUUCAAGAAGGAGAGAAACACUGAUCAAGCUUCUAUGCCAGACAAUACUGCUGCUCAAAAGGUGUGUCACCUGAUGGGGAUUAAUGUGACAGAUUUCACAAGAUCUAUUCUAACCCCAAGGAUCAAAGUAGGACGAGAUGUUGUUCAGAAGGCGCAGACCAAAGAGCAGGCAGACUUUGCCAUAGAGGCUUUGGCCAAGGCACAAUUUGAACGUCUUUUCCGUUGGAUUCUAGCUCGCGUAAACAAAGCUCUCGAUAAAACAAAAAGACAAGGCGCUUCCUUCUUGGGGAUACUCGAUAUUGCUGGAUUUGAGAUCUUUGAGAUCAAUUCCUUUGAGCAGCUGUGCAUCAAUUACACUAAUGAGAAACUUCAGCAGCUUUUCAACCACACAAUGUUUAUAUUGGAGCAAGAGGAAUACCAGCGAGAGGGCAUUGAAUGGAAUUUCAUUGACUUUGGCCUUGACCUGCAACCUUGCAUUGAGCUGAUUGAAAGACCAACCAACCCUCCAGGUGUCCUGGCUCUCCUGGAUGAAGAGUGCUGGUUCCCCAAAGCUACUGACACAUCCUUUGUGGAGAAACUAUGUCAAGAGCAAGGCAACCAUCCCAAAUUCCAGAAGCCCAAGCAGCUCAAGGAUAAAACAGAGUUCUGCAUAAUGCACUAUGCAGGAAAGGUUACCUACAAUGCAACUGCCUGGCUCACAAAGAACAUGGAAACAGAUAAAUUUGUAGCAGACCUUUGGAAAGACGUGGACCGUAUAGUUGGGCUGGAUCAGAUGGCUAAGAUGACUGAAAGCUCGCUCCCUAGUGCUUCAAAAACCAAGAAAGGCAUGUUCCGUACUGUUGGACAACUCUAUAAGGAGCAGCUGACCAAACUGAUGACCACCUUAAGGAAUACAAAUCCCAACUUUGUUCGCUGUAUCAUUCCAAAUCAUGAAAAAAGGGCUGGCAAACUUGAUGCCCAUUUAGUGCUGGAGCAGUUGCGCUGCAAUGGUGUCUUGGAAGGUAUUCGUAUCUGCCGGCAAGGAUUCCCCAACAGGAUUGUCUUCCAGGAGUUCCGUCAGCGAUAUGAAAUUCUUGCUGCAAAUGCUAUUCCUAAAGGAUUCAUGGAUGGGAAACAGGCUUGCAUACUGAUGAUCAAAGCAUUAGAACUUGAUCCCAACUUGUACAGAAUUGGACAGAGCAAAAUCUUCUUCAGAACUGGCGUUCUGGCUCACCUGGAAGAAGAGAGAGACCUGAAGAUCACAGAUGUUAUUAUUGCCUUCCAGGCUCAGUGCCGAGGCUACCUAGCAAGAAAAGCCUUUGCCAAGAGACAGCAACAGCUGACUGCAAUGAAGGUUAUCCAAAGAAAUUGUGCUGCUUACCUGAAGCUGAGGAACUGGCAAUGGUGGAGACUGUUCACUAAAGUGAAACCACUCUUGCAAGUCACCCGCCAAGAAGAAGAAAUGCAGGCCAAGGAUGAAGAACUACAAAAAACUAAGGAAAGACAACAAAAAGCAGAGAGUGAAUUGAAGGAGCUGGAACUGAAACACACACAGCUUUGUGAAGAGAAGAACCUCCUUCAGGAACAGCUUCAGGCAGAAACUGAACUGUAUGCUGAAGCUGAAGAGAUGAGAGUCCGUUUAGCUGCUAAGAAACAAGAGCUGGAAGAGAUUCUGCAUGAGAUGGAAGCCAGAAUUGAGGAAGAAGAGGAACGCAGCCAGCAAUUGCAAGCAGAAAAGAAAAAGAUGCAACAACAAAUGCUGGACCUUGAAGAACAGCUAGAAGAAGAAGAAGCUGCGAGGCAGAAACUGCAACUUGAAAAAGUAACAGCAGAUGGCAAGAUAAAGAAAAUGGAAGAUGAUAUUCUCAUAAUGGAAGAUCAGAACAACAAGCUAACCAAGGAAAGAAAACUCCUUGAGGAAAGAAUAAGUGAUCUAACAACAAAUCUCGCAGAAGAAGAAGAAAAAGCUAAAAAUCUUACGAAGCUGAAAAACAAGCACGAAUCUAUGAUUUCAGAACUCGAGGUGCGACUGAAGAAAGAAGAGAAGAGCAGACAAGAACUGGAGAAAAUUAAGAGGAAGUUGGAAGGGGAGUCGGGUGAUCUACAUGAGCAAAUAGCAGAGCUGCAGGCACAAAUUGCUGAGCUGAAGGCACAACUAGCCAAGAAGGAGGAAGAGCUGCAGGCUGCUCUAGCCAGGCUUGAAGAUGAAACUAGUCAGAAGAACAAUGCCCUCAAGAAGAUCCGUGAAUUGGAAUCUCACAUCUCCGAUCUCCAGGAAGACUUGGAGUCUGAGAGAGCUGCAAGAAACAAAGCAGAAAAACAGAAGAGAGACCUAGGUGAAGAGCUGGAGGCUCUUAAGACAGAGCUUGAGGAUACUUUGGAUACCACAGCCACCCAGCAAGAGCUCAGAGCAAAGCGUGAACAGGAGGUCACAGUGCUGAAGAGAGCUCUGGAGGAGGAGACUCGAACUCAUGAAGCCCAGGUCCAAGAGAUGAGGCAAAAGCACACUCAAGCUGUGGAAGAGCUAACAGAGCAGCUGGAACAAUUUAAACGGGCUAAAGCAAACUUGGAUAAGACCAAACAGACACUGGAGAAAGAAAAUGCUGAUCUGGCUACUGAAGUCAGGAGCCUGAAUCAGGCCAAACAAGAUGUGGAGCACAAAAAGAAGAAGCUGGAAGUACAGCUGCAAGAGUUACAGUCCAAAUACGCUGAUGGAGAGCGUGUUCGGACAGAACUCAAUGAAAAAGUUCAUAAGUUACAGGUUGAGAUAGAAAAUGUUACUGGUUUGCUCAAUGAAGCAGAAAGCAAGACAAUCAAACUGACCAAAGAUGUUGCAACCUUAGGAUCUCAGCUACAAGAUACACAGGAGCUGCUUCAGGAAGAAACGCGGCAGAAGCUAAACGUGUCUACCAAGCUUCGUCAGUUGGAGGAUGAGAAGAACAGCUUGCAAGAGCAGUUGGAUGAAGAAAUAGAAGCAAAACAAAAUCUGGAGAGACAUAUUUCAACACUGACAAUACAGCUCUCUGACUCUAAGAAGAAGCUACAGGAAUAUUCCAGCACCGUAGAAGCCAUGGAAGAAGGCAAAAAGAAACUUCAGAAGGAAAUUGAAAGUCUCACACAACAAUUUGAGGAAAAGGCUGCUUCUUACGACAAACUGGAAAAAACCAAGAACAGACUCCAGCAGGAGCUGGAUGACCUGGUGGUGGACUUAGACAACCAGCGUCAGCUGGUCUCCAACCUGGAGAAAAAACAGAAGAAGUUUGAUCAGAUGCUAGCUGAAGAGAAAAACAUCUCUUCAAAAUAUGCAGAUGAAAGGGACAGAGCAGAAGCUGAAGCCAGAGAAAAAGAAACAAAGGCUUUGUCAUUGGCCCGAGCACUUGAAGAGGCUUUGGAAGCCAAAGAAGAACUGGAGAGAACAAACAAAAUGUUGAAAGCUGAAAUGGAAGAUCUUGUUAGCUCCAAAGAUGAUGUUGGCAAGAAUGUCCACGAAUUGGAAAAAUCUAAACGGACCCUUGAACAGCAAGUAGAAGAGAUGAAGACACAAUUAGAAGAGUUAGAGGAUGAGCUACAGGCUGCUGAAGAUGCCAAACUCAGGUUGGAGGUUAAUAUGCAGGCCCUGAAAGGCCAGUUUGAAAGAGAUUUACAAGCCAGAGAUGAACAGAAUGAGGAGAAGAGAAGACAACUCCUCAAACAGCUCCAUGAAUAUGAAACAGAACUGGAAGAUGAGCGGAAGCAACGUGCCCUAGCAGCUGCAGCCAAAAAGAAGCUAGAGAUUGAUGUUAAAGAUCUAGAAAGCCAAGCUGAUUCUGCUAACAAAGCUCGGGAAGAAGCCAUCAAACAACUUCGCAAAUUACAGGCUCAGAUGAAGGACUACCAGCGAGAGCUGGAUGAUGCACGGGCUGCCAGAGAAGAAAUAUUUGCUACAGCCAGAGAAAAUGAGAAGAAAGCAAAGGGCCUGGAAGCAGAACUCAUCCAGCUUCAAGAGGAUCUGGCUGCUGCAGAGAGAGCUCGCAAACAAGCAGAUCUGGAGAAGGAAGAGAUGGCAGAGGAACUUGCAAGUGCUACUUCUGGAAGGACAAGCCUUCAGGAUGAGAAACGGCGCCUGGAGGCAAGAAUUGCCCAACUGGAGGAAGAGCUAGAAGAGGAGCAAAGCAACAUAGAGGCAAUGGGUGAUCGCAUGAGGAAAGCAGUACAGCAGGCAGAGCAGCUGAACAAUGAGCUGGCAACAGAGCGCUCAACUGCACAGAAGAACGAAAAUGCUCGGCAGCAACUGGAGAGACAGAACAAAGAGCUGAAGAGUAAGCUGCAGGAGAUGGAGGGAGCUGUGAAGUCCAAAUUCAAAACUACAAUUGCUGCUCUGGAGGCCAAAAUUGCUUCUCUUGAAGAGCAAUUGGAACAGGAAGCCAGAGAGAAGCAGGCUGCAGCCAAGACAUUGCGCCAGAAGGACAAGAAGCUGAAGGAUGCAUUGCUGCAGGUGGAGGAUGAGAGAAAGCAAGCGGAGCAGUACAAAGAUCAGGCCGAGAAGGGCAACACACGACUCAAGCAACUGAAAAGGCAGCUGGAGGAGGCUGAGGAAGAGUCUCAGCGUAUCAACGCAAACCGCAGGAAGCUGCAGAGAGAGCUGGAUGAAGCUACUGAGAGUAAUGAAGCCCUGGGCCGUGAGGUUGCAGCACUGAAGAGCAAGCUCAGGAGGGGAAAUGAACCAGCAUCUUUUGCCCCACCCCGUAGAUCUGGAGGCAGAAGAGUAAUUGAGAAUGCAACAGAAGGUGGUGAUGAAGAAAUGGAUGCAAGAGAUGGAGAUUUCAAUGGAACAAAAGCCAGUGAAUAAACACGCUUAAAAAAUUGCACUGCAGCAAGGGGAAGGAGGAUGGUAUUUAGCACUGUAUAAGUCUACUCUUAGUGUCAAGGUCACAUACACCCACUCCUCUGACAAUGAUAAAAGCACAA